AUGGCAACCCCAAAAAACACACCUCGUGGUGCCAACACCCCACUUUCCCCCAACCGCAUCACCCGUCUCCAAGAGAAGGAAGACCUCUGCAACCUCAACGAUCGGCUGGCCGUCUACAUCGAUAAAGUCCGUUCCCUGGAAUCGGAGAACGCCGGGCUGCGUCUGCGCAUCACCGAGUCAGAGACGGAGGUGUCGCGUGAGCUGACGGGGCUGAAGGCCGCCUAUGAGGCGGAGUUGGCCGACGCUCGGAAGACUUUGGAUUCGGUGGCUAAAGAGCGAGCCAGACUGCAGCUUGAAGUGGGAAAACUAAGGGAGGAAUUCAAGGAGCUGAAAGCCAGGAACACCAAGAAAGAAUCGGAUUUGGCGACAGCGCUGCAAAGACUCAAAGAUUUGGAGGCCUUGCUGAACUCCAAGGAUGCGUCUCUGUCUACUGCCAUAGGAGAAAAACGCAGUCUGGACACCGAAAAUAGAGACCUGAAGACGCAGCUUGCAAAGCUGGAAACAAGCCUGGGUGAUGCAAGAAAGCAACUCCAGGAUGAGAUGCUUAGGAGAGUGGAUGGAGAGAAUCGAAUUCAGACGCUGAAAGAGGAGCUGGAGUUCCAAAAGAAUCUUCAUUCUGAGGAGCUGCGCGAGGUGAAGCGGCGGCACGAGUCGCGCAUGGUGGAGUUGGACAACGGCCACCAACAAGACUUUGAAAGCAAAUUGGCGGAUGCUUUGAUGGAGAUGCGAAGCCAGCAUGAAUUGCAAGUCAAACUCUAUAAGGAGGAGCUGGAGAAGACCUAUAACACCAAGUUGGAAGGCGCGCGGCAGUCGGCGGACCGAAGCAGCCAUCUUGUGGGCGCGGCGCACGAGGAGCUCCAGCAGACACGCGUCCGGCUGGAGUCCGUGUCCGCGCAGUUGAGCCAGCUACAGAAACAGCUUGCAGCCCGUGACGCCAAAGUGAAGGACCUGGAAGAAGCUCUGUCCCGAGAGCGGGACACCAUGCGACGCCUUCUUGGAGAGAAGGACCGAGAAAUGGCCGAAAUACGACAACGGAUGCAGCAGCAGCUGGACGAAUACCAGGAGCUGAUGGACGUCAAGCUAGCUUUGGACAUGGAGAUUGGCGCUUACAGGAAGUUGUUGGAGGGCGAGGAGGAGAGGCUGCGUCUUUCUCCAAGCCCGCCGCCAACAAAGGCGGCAGGAAGUCGCUCCUCGAUGGCAUCAACUCAUUCCCGAUCCUUCAACUGCGGAGCUAACACCUCUCCUUUGAAGAGGAGGCGUCCCAACGACACGGACAGCGAGGCGUCCAGCUUCGCCGGAGGCGCCGUGGCAAGGACGCGCGUAACCCAGCAGGCGUCUGCUAGCGGACGGGUCACUGUGGAUGAAGUGGACCAGGAUGGGAAAUAUGUCCGACUCAGCAAUAAAGCAGAUGAGGAUCAAAAUUUGGGCAACUGGCAGGUGAAGCGCCAGGUUGGAUCUUCUGCACCCAUUGCAUUCAAGUUUCCCGCAAAGUUCACUCUAAAGGCCGGACAAAGAGUCACGAUCUGGGCGGCUGGUGCUGGAGGAACCCACAAUCCUCCCUCUGACCUAGUGUGGAAGACUCAGCCCAACUGGGGCAGCGGAGACCAGUUCCAGACCACCUUGAUCAGCGCUAAUGGAGAGGAAAUGGCCAUGAGGAAAGUGACUCGCACUCAUUUGGAAGAUGAUGAUGACGACAUGCAGGUGGCUCACAGCACGUGUGGGGACAGUGAGUACAAUUUGCGAAGUCGUACGGUCCUAUGCGGCUCUUGCGGCCUUCCCUCGGACAAACCCAACAGCUGCGGCGCUGUGUCGUCGGUGUCGCGCUCCUUCCGUAGCGGGGGCGUCUCGGAGGGUUUGUUGCCCCAUUCUUACGUGUUCACAAGCAGCACACCUCGCAAGAGUGGAACCCGAAUUGAGAACUGUCCAAUAAUGUGA